UUGGCUGGCUGCGCCGUCUGUGCAGCCGCGGCCAGCGGGAGAGAGGAGCGGAGCAUCCUUCAGUUGGGCGCUUUCUUACAGAAGAGAUGUGCACCUGUCGCACGGACUGCCCGCUGACAGACAUGCACAGACCCGCAGGAGACAAGUGAGACAAUCACCCCUGCAUCGAUAGGGUGAUGGGUACACUUCGGGACCUCCAGUUUGCACUGCAGCUCAAGAUUGAGGAGCUCCGUCAGAGGGACACACUAAUAGAUGAGUUAGAGCUGGAGUUGGACACAAAGGACGAACUCAUCCGUAGGCUGCAAGAAGAACUAGACCGCUACAGAACUGCCCUCUCCCUCCCUGCACCCUCCGCAGUCGUAGCAGGUGUACAGGCUUCUGCAGCUCAAAUUGAGGACAACCGGAGUGCAAAAAGGCAGACAGUCAUUUCAGAGCCCUUCAGUCCAGACCCUAUGACAAUCGCAGUGGUUUCGCACAGAAGCUGUGACAAAAGCCAGGAAUCUCGAAGGCUGAUCCAGGCGGCGCUUUUGAAAAAUGACUUGUUGAAGAACCUUGAUGAAGAAGAAAUCAAGGCAGUCACUGCCUGCAUGCGCCGAGCAACCAUCAAUCAGGGCUGCUUUGUUUUCCAGGAGGGCACCUCCGGGGAUCAGGCUUUUGUUUUGGAAGAAGGAAGACUGGACGUGACAAAAGAUGGACAGAAGGUGCUCACCUUUGAGCCGGAGGACAUGUUUGGAGAGGUGGCGCUCCUCUACAACUCCACCCACACCUACUCUGUCUCAGCACAAACAGACAGCAAGCUGUGGGCUAUCGACCGCAAGAGUUACCACUCUGUUCUCACACAGUGUGGCCUCAGCCACCUUUCUCAUUCAGUGGAGCUGCUGAGAAGCAUUCCCUUUCUUCAGUCGUUGCCAGACGAUGUCAUCAGUAAACUGUUUGAUCAGGUGCAAGAGACAAAUUACUCAGAUGGCGACUACGUCUUUCGACAGGGAGCUGUCGGAGACACCUUUUACAUCAUUAGCAAAGGCCAGGUGAGUGUGACAGAGAAGAAGCCAGGCCGUCAGGAGCAGAUCGUUUUGGCCGAGCUCUCAGAGAGACAGUGGUUUGGAGAAAAAGCUCUUUGGGGAGAAACCAUCCAGCCUGUAAAUGUGAUGGCUGUUGGAGAAGUGACAUGCUUGGUAAUAGACAGAAGGACCUUUAGAGAUGUUAUCGAAGGUUCAGGAUCUGACAGCCCUCCACAGCUGCAGCAGAGCAAUGAAUCAAAAGUCGAGCCAAAGGAGGAUCCUGCCUCCCUGGCAGCUUCCACCUUAAGCGAUUUCCAGAUUAUUCGUACCCUGGGACUCGGGGAGUUUAGUCACGUGGAUUUGGUGCAACUAAAGAGCAACACCAGGUGUGUUUUUGCCAUGAGGGUCCUCAAGAGGAAGCUGAUUCUCAACAGCGGUCAGCGAGAGCACAUUCUGAGAGAGCGCAGCAUCCUGAUGGAGGCCCGCUGUCCAUUUAUUAUCAGACUGUACAAGACAUUCAGAGAUGCUGACCAUCUUUAUAGUUUGACAGAAGCUUGUCUGGGUGGGAAUUUGUCUCGCCUCCUCAAAGAGAAAGGAUCCAUAGACGACGGCAGCACCAAGUUCUACACAGCUUGUGUUGUCGAGGCCUUGAGUUUUCUUCACUGUCGAGGAGUCGUAUAUAGAGAUGUCAAGCCCGAAAACGUCGUUCUGGAUGAGCAGGGUUAUGGCAAACUGAUUGGCUCCAGAUGUCUGAAGCGGGUUGAGGUGGGUAAGAAGACGUGGACGUUCUGCGGCACUCCGGGCUACAUGGCGCCUGAAAUCAUCCUGAGCAAAGGCCACAGUACAUCCGCAGAUCUCUGGUCUCUGGGUGUUUUUGUGUUUGAGCUUCUCAGCGGUAGGCUCCCGUUUGAUGGCUCUGACCCGCUGAAGGUUCUCACCGCCACUGUUAAUGGCGUCGAUCAGAUCGAAUUCCCAAAGUCAUUCCGCAAAGAUGCCUGCGAUUUCAUACAGAAGCUUUGCAGGGGCAACCCUUCAGAGAGACUGAGCAGCCAGAGAAACGGGGCCAAGGCCAUUCAGAAACACAAGUGGUUUGAUGGAUUCAACUGGGAUGGACUCUGCAAAAGGAAAUUAACCCCUCCACUUAUUCCAAAAGUCAACCUUCCUCUGCAAAGCGCUACAUGCGCACUUUACCCUGCAGAGGCCGUGGAGCUCUGUACGAACUGGGAGGAUUUCUGACAACAGAUUUCAGACCGAGACCCUUUUCCUGAGGCAGUACCUGCAGAUACUGCUUUGAGACAUUAACCACCCUCCUCCGCCCGAAAGCUUAGACUGUUUCAGGCGCAGAAAACCUUUAUAGAUUUACACGCAUAAGAAUUCAGUGAUUUUUUUUUUCUUCUGCAAGUCCAAAGAAAACCAAUAAACAAAUAUGUUGUACGAAA